UUAUAACACAAAUCCGUUGAAGUGGAUAAAAGAUGCCUCAGGCUAAGCUUUGGAGCUCACUCCCCUUUCUCUGUACAAUCACUAUUCUCUUCCAACAGUUGUCGUUACUCAAAUUCAUUUCACAAUAAUGUCAAGGACCUUCUAAAACCUUUUAUCCAUCCCCCACAUUACUCCUUUUUUUUUUGCUUUCCUUUUACUCUUUCAUUUGAAACUGUUCAUUGUUUUCAGUUUGUUUGUACUAAUAUGAAGUAAGUGGUGGAAUUGGGACCUUCUUCCACUUUUGGGGUUCUUCUGAUUACUGUUUUAGAAGAAAAGGGGACACCCAUUUUAGGAACAAGUUAGAUGGAUACUGGGUCGAGGGCAAUGAACAAGGUGGAGACUGGAAAACGUGGAGGAAAGCUUGGUUCGAUCCUCCCAAAUGACUCAACGGUCGAUCGGUUCGUGCCCAGAACUGAUCACAAUCCGAGAGAGCUAAGAUCUUGGGCUAGGAGGACUGGUUUUGUAUCUACAUUUUCUGGUGAAGCAACUAGUAGUGUUGGGGAGAAGAAUGAGAGUACUAGAUUUGAUUUGGAGAAAGGUCUUGAACGGAGAGGUGGUGGGUCGUCCCCCAAAAUCGAGAUCGACCCGAUUCUGGGUCAGACCAGACCUAACAGAGAGAUUGAAGUGGAGCCAGUUACAGGGACUGGAAAAGGAGAAAUGAAGACUGAGAAUGAAGGGGGUUUGAGGUUUAGGGAUGGAGUAUUGAGGAGUGAAGAGAGGAGACGAAUUGGAAUCGAACCUGUGAUGGGAGGAGCAAAAGAGGAUGAAAGAGUAGUGACGAAUGGUAAAAGAAGUGAGAAAGUGGAUGGGGCUGUGAAUAGGCAGAGUGAUGGAGAUUUUAAUGGAAAUGCCCAUGUGGCACCUUUUGUUACUCCCGCUGCUGAGCCUAAAAAGGAAGAUGGUAGAGAUGGUAGAGAUGGUAGAGAUGGAAGAGAUGAGGAUAUUAAUGAGAAUGCAGGUGAAGAGGAAGCUACUGAAAGAGAAUGGGGAGGACCUUCAGGACUGAAACUUGGGCCAACUGACUAUCCGGGUUACGUUCCACUAAUUUAUUAUGGCCUUCAGCAGUACUUGUCGCUGGUUGGAUCUGUUGUUUUCAUGCCCCUGAUUAUUGUACCAGCUAUGGGUGGAACUGACAAAGAUACAGCCACAGUAAUUUCAACUUUAUUACUGGUUUCGGGCAUCACCACAAUUCUUCACUCCUACUUUGGUACCCGCCUACCAUUAGUUCAAGGAAGCUCAUUUGUGUACUUGGCUCCUGCACUAAUUAUCAUGAAUGCUCAGGAGUACCGCAAUUUGACUGAACAUAAAUUCCAGCAUAUAAUGCGAGAACUGCAAGGAGCAAUCAUUGUUAGUUCAAUAUUUCAAAGUAUUUUAGGAUUCAGUGGUUUAAUGUCCCUUUUCCUUAGGUUGAUAAACCCACUUGUAGUUGCACCUACGGUUGCUGCUGUAGGUUUAGCAUUUUUCAGCUAUGGCUUUCCACAAGCUGGUAGCUGUGUGGAGAUCAGUGUCCCACAUAUAGUUUUGCUUCUUAUAUUCACCCUGUACCUUCGAGGAGUAUCCAUAUUUAGCCAUCGUGUGUUCAGAAUUUAUGCGGUUCCUCUUAGUGUUGUGAUUAUAUGGGCAUACGCAUUCUUUUUGACUGCUGGUGGAGCAUAUAAUUUCACAGGCUGCAGCCCAGAUAUUCCGAGUUCAAAUAUCCUAGUAGAUGCAUGUAGAAGGCAUGCAUAUACGAUGAAACAUUGCAGAACUGAUGUUUCAAGUGCAUGGAGGACUGCUGCGUGGGUUAGAAUUCCUUACCCCUUGCAGUGGGGUGUGCCAAUCUUUCAUAUAAAAACUUCAAUUAUCAUGAUCAUGGUUUCUCUGGUUUCAUCAGUGGACUCUAUCGGUACCUAUCACACCGUGGCUUUGCGUGUUGCUGCAAAGCCACCAACUCCAGGAAUUGUUAGCAGAGGAAUUGCUGUGGAAGGUUUCUGUAGUAUCUUGGCUGGACUCUGGGGUACAGGUGCCGGAUCAACAACUUUAACAGAAAAUGUACAUACUAUUCAUGUAACAAAAGUAGCUAAUCGGAGGGCAUUGGAAGUCGGAGCAGUUUUCUUGAUUUUCAUCUCACUCAUAGGCAAAGUUGGUGCUGUUCUUGCCUCCAUACCACUGGCAUUGGCUGCUUCUGUCCUUUGUUUUACAUGGGCUCUUAUGGUUGCAUUAGGGCUUUCGACACUGCAGUAUAGUCAAACAGCAAGUAUCAGAAACAUGACAAUAGUUGGUGUCUCAUUGUUCCUUGGCCUGUCAAUUCCUGCCUAUUUUCAGCAGUUCCAAUCUGAAACUAGCUUGAUCUUGCCUAGUUACUUAGUUCCUUAUGCUGCAGCUUCUAAUGGACCAACCCAUACAGGAAACAAACAAUUUGACUUUGUCUUCAAUGCCCUUAUGUCCUUGAACAUGGUCGUGACGUUCUUGAUAGCAAUCGUACUCGAAAACACAGUUCCAGGAAGUCGACAAGAGCGAGGAGUCUAUAUAUGGUCACAUGCUGAAGACAUCAAGAAUGACCCAUCUCUGGUUGCAACUUACUCCCUUCCAAAAAGGUUUUUAAGGUUGUUUUGCAGGUCUAGGUGUUUGUGUAUAUGAAAAUGCCGGGUUAGAUAAUGGCAUACAUACAUAGAUUUUAUAGGUUUACAAAGAUGUGGAAAUUUGGUAGGGUGUCAACCAUUUUUGUCAAACAUUGAUGGUUCAUUGUUAAAAAUAUUUUUUAUUGUAAUGUUAUUAUUCUAUACCACUUAGGAACUGAAUUAAGAGGGUAGGUCUCACAUUUGUAUGAAACUCUUCCUUUAGGUGUGUAUGAUUCAAAUGAUUUUUUUUUACUUUAUUUUCUUUUUAUUCCAAAUUUACAUUUCUUACUAA